AUGGGUCAUUCUAACUCAUAUAUGCUAUACAUUGUUCUUUUUGUUUUACCUUACUCUGCACUUUCUCAAGGCAACGGAAUCAUAUCAGUAGGCUCGUCUAUAACAGAUGCAGACAAAUCCAUAUCGUGGUAUUCACCUUCUGGUGAUUUUGCAUUCGGGUUUCUGAAAGUCCUGGAAAAGGAUCAGUUCUUGUUAUCCAUUUGGUAUGCUAAAAUUCCUGACAAAACUACCGUCUGGUAUGUAAAUGAUGGCACUACCGUCCCUGCUGGUUCCAAAGUGCAGCUGACUGAUGACCGUGGAUUAGUCCUCACUGAUACUCAAGGCAAGGAGCUAUGGAAAUCUGAGCCAUACUCUGGUAUUGCUUCCAAUGGCGUUUUUAAAGAUACAGGAAAUUUUGUGAUUGUAGGGAGUGAUUCUACAAUCCUAUGGGAUACCUUUAGCAAUCCUACUGAUACCCUUUUGCCCACUCAGACUCUGGAGGUAUAUGGCACGCUUUACUCUCACCUGACUGAAAAUAACUUCUCUAGAGGAAGAUUUCAGUUACGGUUACUUAAUGAUGGGAAUCUUGUGCUAAAUACCAGAGAUGUAAUUUCUAAUAAUCCCUACGAUACGUACUAUAGUAGUGAUACUGCUGAUACAAUUCCAAGUAACCGCGGCUACCAGGUAAAAUUUAACGAGACGGGCUAUAUUUAUAUUUUGGGCAGCAAUGGUGCUAUAGUUAAAAUUAUUACAAACAGAGCAGUUCCAUCAACAGGUUACUAUCAUAGAGCAACUCUGAACAUUGAUGGUGUUCUUGUCCAGUAUUAUCACCCCAAGGUUUUCUCUGGUGCAUCUAAGUGGACUACUGUUCUGCAAAUCCCUGACAACAUAUGCCUUGCUAUUCUUGGUAACCUUGGAAGUGGAGCUUGUGGAUUUAAUAACGUCUGCAGUCUUGACGAUGCUGGAAGAGCGGUUUGUGAAUGCCCAGAGAGUUAUUCACUACUUGAUCCAAAUGAUAAACGGGGAAGUUGCAAGCCAAACUAUACCCAAAACUGUGAUCACAGUGGUUCUAGUGAAGAUCUAUAUGAUUUUGUGGAGGUCAUUGACACAGACUGGCCACUUUCGGAUUAUGAGCAGCUGAAGCCUGUUACUGAAUUGGAGUGUAAAAGACAGUGUUUAGAUGAUUGUUUUUGUGCUGUUGCAAUUUAUCUAGAUGACCAAGGUAGCUGUUGGAAGAAGAAGCUACCUCUCUCAAAUGGGAGGAAAGACAAGAGUGUUAACCGCAAGGGGUUUCUUAAAUUUAACAAAGUACAUUGA